GCCUCGGUCGAGGCCCCCACUUUGAUCUACCUAGUGCGCAUACACGACAUGGCCUCAGACUACGGCGAGCAAAAGAGUACAAGUCUAGUGCACACGCCUCUCGUAGGUGCACGAGACAUAAGGCUGAUUCGAAUACUGCCUAAAGAUGAUAACUCCUAUGGUUUUGAGCUCGAGUUGUCGCCUACGUCCCUCGAUGACCCCAUUCCAUAUGUGGCGCUGUCAUACACGUGGGAAGCUGCGGAGGUGGAUCGCGCCACGGGAACGGCUUCACCCGAGAAAGAACACUACAUUUCGUGCUGUGGUGGCGGCGUCAUCAAGGUGACGGAUAAUUUGCUGCACUUCUUGCAGCGUGCUGCCAGGAAAGAAGGAGGGGGCUCACUGGGAACAUGCUAUUGGAUCGACCAGAUCUCGAUCAACCAAGAAGAUUCCCUAGAGCGCAACCGCCAGGUGCUCAUGAUGGGGGAUGUCUACAAGUUGGCGAACAGUGUUCGUGUAUGGAUGGGCAAGACCAGCCCGUCGCCCCCAUUUCUUUGGGUCUAUCGGACCUUCAUCCCGAGCGUGCUUCAGCUCGAGACGAAGCUGAAAGACCGAGGAAUAUCUCUAGAAGCAGACAGCUGGAAUUGCAGCACUCCGGAGAUGAUAGAUGGUCUGGGCGCUGAAGUAUGCGAACAGUGGCGACAAAGCCGCGAAGACUUCUUCUGGUUCUUCUACACUCGGCGCUGGUUCUUGCGUGCAUGGAUCUUUCAAGAAGUGACGCUCAAAGACUUAAGUCUAAUCCACAUCUCUUGCGGACAGGUAGACCUCGAGUGGCAGGAUUUUGACGCUUUCACCCGGUUUGUUGAGAGAAGCUCUUGGCAUCACUCUCUGCCAUAUCUAUACAUUUCCUGGGAGGAAAGAUUUGUAGGACCGAUGCUACCACUUUUCAAUCUCUUGAAAGGCCGGCGCUACGUGGAUAUGCAAGUUCGUGGGGGCAGCGAGCUGGACGAUUGGCUUGCGAACUUUGCCUGGGACAUUGGUCCUCAAGAUGAACAGCAGAUCUGGUUUUCCAUCUACCUCCAUUUUCUCAGGACCAACCGAUUUAUGUCCGCAAGGAAUCCUAGAGACCAUGUAUACUCUCUGCUUGGUAUCAUGGCCGAGUUUCUUACACCAGGAUUGAGAUGCCCCGUCUCUCCGGAUUACAUAUCCUCUACUAUGAUCGUCUUCAAAAACCUUGCUGCGCAGAUCUUCGAGAACACGCCUUCGCUAUACCUCUUAUCAACUGUCUCGUACGGACUAUGUGGCGGCGAAGUUUGCAACCCGGGCGAUCGAGUUGAUUGGCCGACCUGGGUCCCUGACUUUUCCAAUGAAACUUCCUUCGCACCUAGCCUGUCUACCACCGUAUACUUGGUUAGUAAUCGGAAAUGUUACUACAACGCGUCAAGAAUCGAUAUUGUAGAGUACCAUCCGCCUAUAAUCCGCGACAAUAUCCUCACUGUACAUGGCUCUCGAAUAGGUAUCAUUGAGAAGCGCAACGAUCGGCGCAGGGUCGUGAGUGGAUCCGAAAAUCUGCCUUAUCUCUGUUUCUUCCUAGAUCUGUGCCUGAGGGGUAGCGCAAAGUACCCAAACUCAGAUCAAACUUGGAUCGAAGCCGUGUGGCGUACUUUGAUGGUUGAUUGCAUACCUGAGAGCUGGGAUACCAAGCCAGGCGUGCAUUUCAGGUCGUGGCUACUAGAUCACCUUGUACGUGCGCUGAAGUUCAGGGGCCUAGACCAAGGCGCGGUGCCAUUCGCCGAGACACUUGAAAGGGCAGUGAAAUUGCUCCAGCGAGUUAGCGAGAGCACCUACUUGUCGUCAGUGUUGCCCACGUUAGACGAGGUUGUCGGCCAAGUGAAGAGUAAGGUUGAGCGAGACGCUGUGGAGAAUCACCCGUUUGAGCUGCUCGCUUGUGAGUCCUUCACAACCGGACGAUGGUAUCUAACGACUGACGGAUUUCUCGGAUCGGGUCCUGUUUCUCUCGUUGAGGGUGAUGAGAUUUGGCUGCUCAGAGGAGCGAAGAUGCCUACCAUUCUUCGUAAAGUUGUCGACCGUCAAUUUUUGCUGGUUGGCGAAAGCUAUCUACAUGGGGCGAUGUAUGGCGAAUUUAUGACUGAGGAACUUGCCAGUCAGUUGGGUCCUAUCAAUAUCUUAUAAGGAGGCUGCCGCAAAUCAUCUGGCUCGCAAUUAAUCAAAAACAUUAUGUCUAUGAUGUGUCUUUUAUGUCCCCCAUUACUGGUCUUUAAUGCUGCAACAAUACACUGAUGCUCUGACUCUCUCCAAGAGAGCGACACAAUUUUGGUCGCGAUUGAUGCAGAGGCACUUGAUCCACGUCUUCUGAUACGCCGAAUUCCCUGGGCGAGCAACGUCGAUGCUUUCAGGAACCUGUAGCCAUUGUGU